AUGCUCUUCGCACUCUCAGGCCUUAUCAUCAGCACCCCAACGGGAAGCACGGCGUACUCCAUGGCCGCAGGAGCCAGCAUGUUGCAUCCAAGCUUGCCAGCUAUUAUGGUGACGCCUAUCAAUCCGCAUUCGCUAAGCUGCCGGCCGCUUGGCCUGCCAGUCGGUAUACGACUGGAAGUUCAGCUUGCCGACGAUGGCCGUUCCAAAUUCGCCAAUGUUGCCUGCGAUGGACGGCCGUGUCGACGACGCCAGAUCGUCCGAGGUGAUUUAGUGUGCGUCACCGCCUCACCAUACCCGGUACCUUGUCUCUGCAGCGAGAAUCAAGUUAGUCUGCCUAAUGUAUCCAGCUACCAAAUAGUCCUGUUUCACUCUCUACAGUUGCGCUCUUAA